UUGACAGAAGGUGUUGGAAAUAAGUGUUGAGUGCGAUUUACGGAAUUCGCAUUUUUCGAGUCGGUUGUGUUUUUCUAUUCCCAUGCAGUUAUAAUAAAGUGUCGAAUUUACAUGUAAACAGUAAAAAGAAAAGUGCUAAUUAAUUCUCAAAAUAUUUUACGCAAUUUAUUUGCUUUCAUAGAUUGUGUCGCUUUUUUGUCCUGUCGUUGUAGAAAAUCAUAAAAAUCGGGUGAAAAAAGGAGUGUGCCCGUGUGAUGCAUUGUCAAAGUGAGUGAGAGUGUAUUAACGAAAUUUGUGACAAAAGCUAACGCGCGAAAAAAGUGCAAAGCAACGACAAGAAAUUUGUGCAAACGGAGAAGUAAACGACAAACGUGAAACCGACAAAAUACAGAAAAAAAGAAACAAAAUAGUGGAGCGAAAGCACAAUUUCAUUCCAUUUUGAAAAAGCAUCUAAUUUUUCAAUAAAUAAGCAAAGUGUAAAGUUUCUAUAUUUUAUUAACAAUAAAAGUAGGAUACAGCGUUAAUACUUGCAGACGUCGCAAAAUAUAUAAAAGUGAAAUCAGGAUAUAAACAAACAAAAACUACUGUUACAAACUACUCUCAGCUAAGAAUACAUAAAUAAAAACAGCGGAAACACCGACCGGAAGUACGGCAUAAAAUCAAACACUUAACACAGCAGCAACAGCGACAACAAGAACAACAACAGUCAGACAAAAUGAGUAAAAAACCGACAGUCGGACCCGCGCUCCACAAAGUGAUAAUGGUGGGCAGCGGCGGUGUCGGCAAAUCGGCACUGACACUACAAUUCAUGUACGACGAAUUCGUGGAGGACUACGAACCAACCAAAGCAGAUAGUUAUAGGAAAAAGGUCGUUUUAGAUGGCGAAGAAGUACAAAUAGAUAUAUUGGAUACUGCCGGGCAGGAGGAUUACGCCGCCAUACGCGAUAAUUAUUUUCGCAGCGGUGAGGGUUUCCUCUGUGUCUUCUCAAUCACAGACGAUGAAAGCUUCCAGGCAACACAAGAAUUCAGGGAACAAAUUUUGCGUGUGAAAAAUGACGAAAGCAUACCGUUCCUGUUGGUGGGCAACAAAUGCGACUUGAGCGACAAACGCAAAGUGCCGCUGAACGAAUGCCAGACACGCGCCCAACAGUGGCAGGUGCCCUACGUGGAGACCUCCGCCAAGACGCGUGAAAACGUCGACAAGGUAUUUUAUGAUUUAAUCAGGGAUAUUUCUUCACGAAAGAAACAACGUCAGUCCGAUGUGCGACAGCCGCCAAAAACCAAAUCUCAUUGCUGCCAACUGCUGUAAUAUUCAUGAAAUUUGAAAAAAAUAACGAACAACAACUUCAUUACAAAAACAAAAAAGAGGAAUGGAAUACAAAAACGCUGCAAAUCUGAAACGACGCUGAGGAACAACACAAGCUGAAAAUGCCGCCAAUCAACAAUGACAAUGACGACGAAUGAAUAAAAACAAAAAUAUUAUCCAUUUAGAUAAGGAAGAGGGAAAAACAAAAACAACAUGCAAAACUGCUGUAUUUUCAAGCGAAACUAAAGCAAAAAUUAAAAACAGUUAAAGCAAGUUCUAAAACUGCAGCGCUAACUAUGCCGCAUGCAACGCUGUUAUAUUACAACAAUUCAAACGAAAAUGAAAACAGCAUAUACAACUCAAUUUAUGCGUAAAUUUGUAAAAAAAAUGAUAUUCAAAACCUAUCAGCCACUUAUAAUUGCAUGCUUACAUACAUACAUACAUAAGUUUAUAUAAAUAUAAAGCAACACCAAUUGUAAUAUCAAUCAACAACGUAUUGUAUUCAAUAAAUGAACAAAAACCAAAAUAUACAACAACAACAACAUAAACCUUGCAGACUUUGUUAAUUAUAUGCGAAAAUUAAUAUUAUUUAUGUUUAUAAAAGUUUCCAUUUGUAUUUGAUAUUCGGUUGAAAGCGUAAAAUUUUAUUAAUGAAAGCUUAUUUACAACAAUAUACAUACAUAUGUAUAUAAAUGUGCGGAAUUAAAUUAAGUUUUUAAACAAGUAUUAAUUGAAGAAAAUUUAUUUUUGGCAUUUUUUAUGUGCUAAUUUUGCUAAUUUCUAAUUUGGCUUGUGUUUAUUGUUUAAAGCAGAGCUACCGAGCAAGCUAAAUACCCUUAUUAUGUAAGGCAACUAGUAUAUAGUAGUCUCAGUACUACUCACGGUUGCUGUAACAUUAUUUUAUUUUGCAAAUUACUAGUGUUCGUGGUCAAAUUUUCUGAGUUAAUAUUUUGGCACUGUGUAAAGUAAAUUUUUGUUUACGUUUGCCUUGCAGCUUUUAUACUAGACUAGUCGUCACAUGUUGUGUAAUAUGGAUGUACAUAUAUCACGUCAAAAGCGCUAAAAAGGUUGCACUUAUACGCUGUAUACCGUUUGGCGUAAUUUUUCAUGAUUUUUAUAAAGAAUUCGAUAAAAUUUAGUUUUAAUCAUUUUUUGUUAAGAAUUCACAACAAUUUUUUUCAAGGUCCGACACAAUAUUCGUAGUAUAGUUUGGGGCGUUCAACCCACUUCAAUUCGUAUUUUUUAAUAACUUUAGCUGAAAUGUUGGAAUAGCAUUAUUUUGUGGCAUAAUUUUGUUCUUUUGAAAUUGAUUGAUUUUGUCAUUCCUCCCAAAUACCUAAUUGCUAAUUUGCAAAAAUAUAGCAUAAUUUUAGGCAUAAAACUUAAAUGAGAAUUUUAAAAAAUCUUUCAAAAUUAUUUAAGGUUGCCUUUUGAGCAACUACUGCUAACAUUUUACACAAGCGUCAAUAAAAAAGUGAAUAAUACGUACUCAAGUGAAAUUGAGAGCCAAACAAAAUCAGCAAAAAUUUGAAAAGUGAUCUUUUGAUACAGUUCAUCUUGUGGAACAUAAUUAUAAUUUCAAUCAUAAGGGGGUAUUCUGGUCUUGGUGACUCAAUUUUAGACAUUUUUCAAACUAA